AUGGGGCUACCGAAGCAGCUGAGUGUCAGAACGAGCCAGGUCAAGGGGUAUAUUGCAGCCAACAACAGGUCGUUCACUCUUGCUGGAGUCGGAGAACUUCUGGACGAAGCCAUUGCCCUUGUGACUGCGGAAAACUGGGCGCGCGACUGCGCUCAUGUGGUGCGUCUUAAAGAGGAGGCCUGGGAGCAGGAUGGUGCAAUCGAAAGCACGCUCGACAGCAUCAUAAUUACUCUGGGAUCUGACUCGAGCAGCUGCAGUGACAGUAGUGUCAGUGAACUGAGUGACAACGACACGUUGCUGCUUGUGGUCGACUCGUCGAGAAAGUAUCAGGAGGUGUUCGGAUUCGGUGGUGCCUUCACCGAUGCCACAGGAAUAAACAUCAAGUCUCUCCCUACGAACAUGCAAGAUGACAUCCUCAAGUCAUACUACUCGAAGGAAGGACUUGCGUACACCAUCGGCAGGAUUCCAUUGGCCAGCUGCGAUUUCUCUGAACGAAAGUACACAUAUGACGAUACUCCUGGAGACUUGGAGCUCAAAAAUUUCACGCUAGCUCCGGAAGACUUUGAAAUCAAGAUUCCGUACAUGAAAACGGCAAUGUCUCUCUCAAGUGAGCCGAUAUGGUUCUUCGGGAGCUCUUGGAGCAGUCCAUCUUGGAUGAAAACAAGCAACACUCUGGAGGGUCGUGGCACUCUGAAGGGUGAACCAGGAGGUCCAUAUUACAAGGCGUGGGCAAAGUACUACGUCAGGUUUCUGCAGGAGUACGAGCGUAACGGGAUUCCCAUCUGGGGCCUGACAACGCAGAACGAACCCACGGUGGGUUUCGUGCCUUACUUUCCAUGGCAAGCGCUGGGUUUCACGCCGAAGACGCAGAGGGACUUCGUCAAGUUCGACCUGGGGCCGGCGCUGGCUGAAGCUGGUUAUGGAGCGGAGAAACUGCAAGUCAUGAUCUUCGACGACAAUCGCGUCGUCCUCCCGCACUGGGCAAAUGUGGUGCUAGGCGACGCGGAGGCGGCCAAAUACGUCCACGGAGUCGCCGUCCACUGGUACACGGACAACUUCUUUGGCCCGUGGGUCCUUGACAAAGUGCACGAAAACUUUCCGGACAAGUUCAUUUUGGCUACCGAGGCAUGUGCCGGCUUCAUGCCGUUCGUUAAGGACAAGGUCAUACUGGGAAGCUGGGAGCGAGCUGAGCAUUACGCCAGCGACAUACUGGAGGGGGAGCGUCCCCUGGAGCGGGAGCGGCUGUGGAGGGCGCUGCGACGUCUCGCUGCCGGUGUGACGGAGCGGCUUCUCCUGGAUGCCGCGGAGGUGCUCGAGGUGGCGCUGGAGUUGCGGGAGCUGGCUCCGCUCGGUCCCCGGGAGCGGCUACGGCCACGUUGA